CGUUGACAAUGCCCCUGACAUCUGCUUUUCCGAGAGUUCGUACAAGAAAACCCCCGCUUGCGCCUAUCUCUCAUGAUCCAAGCACCCGACCGACAUGGCUGGCCGGGAGCCGUUCCCGCGCCAACCCCAGCGUCCAAAUCCGGUCAUUUGACACGGUCUUCCCUUCUUCUCCUCAGAAGAAACGUCCCAAAACACCCGCAACCAUCAAGACAAUACACGCGCAUGCCUAAUUAUACCACCUUCCACCUCCUCCUCCAUUGGAGCACCUUUGCUUCCCACCAUUCCUGGCCUCACCCAGAGCUCGCUCUUCUUGCCUCGAGGACCCCUCGCUCGUGCGCUAGCUAGCUAGCUCGAUCGGUCAGCGCACGUCCGGCAUUCUUCCUGGAUCGGUCGAGCGAGCUAAAUGGUCAAGGAAGUGCCAAUGCCGCUGCGGUGGCGGCGGCGGUGGCGAGUACACUUGUUAGCCGCCGUGGUCGUCAUUCUCGCCGUCGCCACGGCCACGCGGGCGCAGGAUUACAAUAACGGCGGUGGCGGCGACGACGACGACGACGAGGAAAAGGAGAAGCCGCAGUUCAAGGCGCAGGAGGCGUGCAACGGCGCGUUCCUGUCCUACACGUUCGUGGAGCGCGCCAAGGAGUUCCCGCACCUGAAGAACGCGACGGCGCAGGCGUACGCGUUCAAGGCGCAGGCCACGGUGCUCAACGCCAUGACGGACGACCUCAAGGCGUGGCAGAUGUUCGUCGGGUUCCAGCACAGGGAGAUCCUCGUGUCCGUCGGCGGCGCCGUGCUCCUCGACGGCACCGACUUCCCCGCCAACGUGUCGGGCGGCGCCACGUUCGCGGGCUACCCGAUGGCCGACCUCCUCAACUCCAUCGACACCGCCGGCGAGAUGUCACUCAUCCAGGCCCAGAUCGACAUCACCGGCACCCAGUUCGGCGUCAAGCCGCCCGGCAAGCCCAUGCCCAAGACCAUCAAGCUCUCAAACCCUGGUUACCGGUGCCCCGCGCCCACCCAUAAAGACAGCGUGAUGUACGUGUGCUGCGUAAAGGACCCCAAGUUCAAGGCGAAGAAGGCCAACAGCACAAAGUACCUGGCGCGGCAGAAGGGCGACCUGACGAUCGCCUACGACGUGCUGCAGUCCUACGGGAACAAGUACACGGCGCAGGUGACCAUCGACAACUGGAGCCCCAUCAGCCGGCUGGACAACUGGAACCUGACCUGGGAGUGGAAGCGCGGCGAGUUCAUCGAGAAGAUGCGCGGCGCGUACACGCUGCUCAAGGAAGGCCCCGCAUGCGUCUACAGCCCGGCGGCGAGCUACUACAAGGACUUCGACUUCACCCCGGUGUACAACUGCGAGAAGCGGCCCGUGAUCGUGGACCUCCCGCCGGAGCGUGAGAAGGACAACGACGUGGGCAACCUGCCAUUCUGCUGCAAGAACGGCACGCUGCUGCCGCCCACCAUGGACGAGUCCAAGUCCCGGGCAAUCUUCCAGCUGACCGUCUACAAGAUGCCCCCCGACCUCAACCGGACGGCGCUGUACCCGCCGCGGAGCUGGCGGAUCGCCGGCAAGCUCAACCCGCACUACGUCUGCGGGCAGCCCAUCCGGGUGAAGCCCAUGGAGUUCCCCGACUCCACGGGCCUCAUGUCGACGACCCCCGCGGUCGCGUCCUGGCAGGUGGCCUGCAACAUCACCCGGCCCAAGAAGCGCGCCUCAAAGUGCUGCGUCUCCUUCUCCGCCUACUACAACGACUCCACGGUGCCCUGCAACACCUGCGCCUGCGGCUGCGGCAACGACGACACGGCCACCUGCGACCCGGACGCGCGCCCGGUCCUGCUCCCCGCCGAGGCCAUGCUCGUGCCGUUCGACAACCGGACGGCAAAAGCCCGGGCGUGGGCCAAGAUCAAGCACUGGCGCGUGCCCAACCCCAUGCCCUGCGCCGACAACUGCGGGCUCAGCAUCAACUGGCACGUCAUGAACAACUACAAGUCCGGCUGGGCGGCGCGGAUGACCAUCUUCAACUGGCAGGACUACACUUUCAAGGACUGGUUCGCCGCCGUCACCAUGGGCAGCCACUACAGCGGAUACGAGAACGUCUACUCUUUCAACGGCACCAGAAUGAAGGCGCCCUUCAGCAACACCAUAUUCAUGCAGGGCCUGCCGGGCCUGGCUUACCUCGAGCCCAUCACUGACGGCAAGACGCCGGAAGACGUGAGGCUGCCCGGGAAGCAGCAGUCGGUCAUCUCCUUCUUGAAGAAGGACGCGCCCAACAUCAACAUCCCCAAAGGGGAAGGCUUUCCCAAGCGGGUGUAUUUUGACGGCGAGGAGUGUGCGCUCCCCGAUACCAUUCCGAAGAUGUCGGCUGCGCACCGGCGGGCCGGGCCAGCAAGCCUCUUGCAGGUUCUCAUUGCGGUGAUGGUCGUGGCGUUUGUGGACUCCUUGUGCUUAUGAUGUGUGAAAACUUCAGGGGAUUGUAUAGGGAUUCUCACUUCAGUUCGGAUGUUCCAAUAGCCCCCAAUUUAGGGAAUUGCACAUGCAGAAUCACAAAACCAUACGGAAAUUAAGCAAGUGAAGAGCCAGAGGCUGGAGAAUAUGGAUAUACAAAGUUCUGAAGAACAAGUAUUCAUCGGUUGAUCCUGAUGUCGAGAUAUGGCCAUGUGGGUUUUAGUGUUUUAUGAGGGCUGCAAGGGGAGGAGGUCUGGGUGGGCAGUUACAUUGUGAGGUUGUUUAUUUUGUUACAUGUAUAUAUGCUCAGUCCACAUAUCGAGUGAUUCUCUCAAAUGUGAGUGGGGGUGUGGCGGCGCGCAUGUGCAACGGAAAAAAUAGAAGCAAUGUAAAUUCUACACUUUGUUUGCUAAUUUUGCAUUUCCUUAAA